AUGAGACAAACAAUUCCAAAUUUUGCAGAGCAUGUCUCUCGUGCAGCCAAGACAAUUGCUCCAGUCAAAUUGGGUUUCAAGAAUAUGCUUGCUAAUCCAAGUGUCAAAUAUAGACCAUUUCAAGGCCCAAAAUUGACAAAUAGACAAUGGCCUAACAAGACAAUUAAGAGAGCUCCAAGAUGGCUUUCUACCGAUUUGAGAGAUGGUAACCAAUCUCUCCCGGACCCUAUGUCAGUAGAGCAAAAGAAAGAAUACUUUCACAAACUUGUUGAAAUCGGGUUUAAAGAGAUAGAAGUCAGUUUUCCGUCAGCAUCGCAAACCGAUUUCGAUUUCACAAGAUACGCUGUAGAAAACGCACCAGACGAUGUUUCUAUCCAGUGUCUUGUCCAAUCUAGGGAGCAUCUGAUCAAGAGGACAGUUGAAGCAUUGACCGGUGCUAAGCGUGCUACCAUACAUACAUACUUGGCCACAAGUGAUAUGUUCCGUGAGAUUGUUUUCAAUAUGUCUCAAGAAGAAGCCAUUGCCAAAGCUGUAGAAGCAACCAAGCUAGUACGGAAAUUGACCAAGGAUGAUCCAUCUCAAAAAGCAACUAGGUGGUCUUACGAAUUUUCUCCAGAAUGUUUUAGUGAUACACCAGUAGAAUUUGCCGUUGAAAUCUGUGAGGCUGUGAAAGCUGCAUGGGAACCAACGGUUGAUAAUCCUAUUAUCUUUAACUUACCUGCAACCGUUGAAGUAGCAACUCCAAAUGUAUACGCUGAUCAGAUCGAAUACUUCUCUACUCAUAUUAGCGAACGUGAAAAGGUUUGUAUCUCCACCCAUGCUCACAAUGACCGUGGCUGUGGCGUUGCUGCUACAGAGUUGGGUAUCUUGGCUGGUGCUGAUCGAGUUGAAGGCUGUAUAUUCGGGAAUGGUGAACGUACAGGUAAUGUCGACCUGGUAACCGUCGCCUUAAACAUGUAUACCCAGGGUGUUUCUCCCGGUCUUGACUUUUCAGACAUGAGAAGUGUUAUCGAGAUCGUUGAACGUUGUAACAAGAUUCCAGUACCAGCUAGAGCUCCAUAUGGUGGUGACCUUGUUGUUUGCGCCUUUUCAGGCUCUCACCAAGAUGCUAUUAAAAAAGGAUUUGCUUUACAACAAAAGAAGCGUGCUCAAGGUGAAACUUUAUGGAGGAUUCCAUAUUUGCCAUUAGAUCCAAAGGACAUCGGCCGUGACUAUGAAGCGGUUAUCAGGGUCAACUCACAAUCUGGUAAGGGUGGUGCUGCUUGGGUUAUUUUAAGGUCUUUGGGUCUAGACACCCCAAGAAACAUGCAAAUGCAAUUCUCUACCAUUGUGCAAAAUGAAGCUGACACAAGAGGCAAGGAAUUAUCUGCAGAGGAGAUUACUGCAUUAUUCAAGUCUACCUAUAAUUACAACAACGAAACCCAUCAAUACGUAUCUUUGCUCGACUAUGAUGUGAAGAAGAUUGACAACGACCGUAGAAUCCUAACAGGGCAAGUUGAAAUUAACGACAAGAUCAUUCCAAUUAAGGGUAUUGGUAACGGUCCUAUUUCUUCUUUAGUAGAUGCCCUAUCAAACUUAUUCAACGUCAAAUUUGGUGUUGAAAACUAUACAGAACAUGCUUUAGGUUCCGGUUCCAAAACCCAAGCCGCCUCUUUCAUUCACAUCUCUUACAGAGAUGCUGCUACCAAUGAAAAGGAGUACAGUUGGGGUGUCGGUGUCUCUGAAGAUGUUGGUGAAGCAUCUGUUAGGGCCAUUUUCUCAACCAUUAACAGCAUUAUCCAUUCAGGUGAAGUCACUCUUCCUACUGAAAACAAUUAG